CUUGUUUUUUUUUUGAACGGGGAAGGCCAAACUGACCCUUAUAUUUCAUGUGAUAUGAGUGUUACAUCAUUUGCUAGUACAUCAAUGAGGAAACCAGGAGGCUCCUUCAUCCACUUUAUAGUUCUAAUGAAAUCAGCAUUGCUAGCUAAAGUAUCUGCUACCAUAUUUGUCUUUCUAGGACGACAGUAAUUAAACUGAAUAAAACUAAAGUGGUCCGUGGGUUCCACUUUUGUUCUAGUACCAGUCUUCCCCUUGUUUAUAACGCUCGCCGAGUUUUUAUCCCACCCGACCAAACGUUGGUCCGUGGGUCGCACACUUCGACAAGCAUGGGAGCAUAUAUGUAUCGUAUCGCCACGCCUCCAAGCUUGACUGGUCCCGUCGGCCGCACCAAGCCGAGCGCUUCCUCAAGUCCCGCCCGACGAUGCGUCAACAGUCAAGACUGACAGCCAUACCAUCCGCGAUCAAGUCCUUCGCCCCCAAACCAAGGAAAGACGUUUGUCCCGUUGGUUCGGUCGGGUCGUCAAACACCCCGUGCUUGAACCAACCUGCCGGCCGCUUUCCCCUACACUCCACAGAGCCAGUUCAUGGGAGGCCCGCCCGACGCUUCCCCCCUCAUUCAGUUGCGCCUAGGAUCCUUCGCCCCUGCCGCGACCAGAACUCGGAUCAUCAAUCGACGAGCUCCUGGGUGAUCCUCUGUUCGACUGGCUUCUCCUCUUGAGAGCAGAAAGAACGCAGCAAUUCCUUUCACCAACAUCUUCAAGUUCAUGAUUCCCUGUCCGUGCUCAACCAAUAAAAUAGAUUUCAGUCACACAUUCAGAAAUGGGUCACGCCAUUGCCGAGGAUGACAUAGAACACAUACCAUGUUCAGAAGCAGAUUCACCAAUUCUGACUGAAUAUCACAUCACAGUCCCUACCCUUCACGAUGGACUGAUGCAAGGGGCAGACCAGCACGAGAGACGACUUCUGGAUUUCCUGAAAGCAACGCCUUCAGUGCAAUGGCUGAAGGACAUCAACGUCUGCGCGCCACUGGGAAAAAUUCAGCUGCCAUCGAUCGGCGUCCACCGCUACCUCCAUGUCCACUUCAUCAGAACAGUCGACUGGAGCUCACUGCUCACCCUCUGCAAGAACCACCUCAAGCAUCCACUCAACAUCGCCCUACUCAUCUGGCUGCUCUGCGUCGCCGCCGCCGGCGCCAUGCUAGGACUGCUCCUGCUGGGAUUUCUGAACAAGGCAUUCCCUUCCAAGGCCUUGAGACACCACUGGAUAGAGAUCGACAACCAGAUCCUCAACGCCCUCUUCACGCUCAUGAGCAUAUUCCAGCAUCCCAACCUCGUCCACCACCUCGUUCUCCUCUGCCGGUGGCGUCCGGAGGACGCCGCCGAGCUAAGAAAGGUGUACUGCAAGAAUGGCGCCCGCCGUCCCAACGAGCGAGCGCACAUGUCCUUCGUGGUGGCCCUCCUCCACGUCACCUGCAUCUCGCAGUACAUGGUGUGCAGCCUGUACUGGGGCUACCCAAGCAGGUCACGCUCCGAGUUCGCCGAGAACUUGUUCUUCAUCCUCGGCGUCGCCGCGCCGGUCGUCGCCGGCACUCACGCGGUGUACAGCCCUCUAGGCAGAGACGACGACGAGGACGCUGCCGCCUCCUGCGAGGAGACGAAGCAGCUCCACACAGCAGCCGGAGCCGAAGAAUCGCCGGAAGAAAGGACGGUGGCCGGCAGCCCGAUGUGGGCGGGGGAGCUGCUGGACUGCGGCGAGGACCCGGCGGCGUGCUACCUGUCGUUCCUGUGCACGUUCUGCGUGUUCGGCUGGAACAUGGAGCGGCUCGGGCUGGGCAACAUGUACGUGCACACGGCCAUGUUCCUGCUGCUGUGCGUCGCGCCCUUCUGGGUGUUCAACGUCACGGCGCUCAACAUCCACGACUACGUCCUCAGCGACGCCUUCGGCGCCGCCGGCGUCGCGCUCUGCUUCCUCGGGCUCCUGUACGGCGGCUUCUGGAGGAUCCAGAUGAGGAAGCGGCUCGGGCUGCCCCGGAGCAGGUGGUGCUGCGGCUCGUCGUCGCUGACGGACUACGCGCAGUGGCUCCUCUGCUGGCCGUGCGCGCUCGCGCAAGAGGUGCGCACGGCGAACCUGUACGACGUGAAGGACGACGGCGGUUUCUACGGGAAACUGGUGGACGGCGGUGACCCGGAGCGAGGGCCGGACGUGCCGGUCUCCGCUGAAGCGCAAGAGGUGAUCGGUGGUGUUGUCAAACUGACGGUGGACGGCGAGAUGGCCCCGCCCGUCCAGCCGGUGGUAGAGUCCGGACGGCAGAGGCAAGCCGGCGACGGCGACAUUGUGGCCAAUGGUGGUAGUACCGUCCAGCUCAAAAGUUGACAUCGGCUGUUGGGUGGUGACUGAAACUACCUACAAUGGAAGUAACAUUACAUAGUUAGAUGCCACCUAAGCAAAAAUAUGAUGUGGCAAUUAAUUAAUGAAAAAAGAAAGAAAUUGAGUAAUUUAACAUGUUACUCAUAGUAGGAGUAACACAACGGAUACCGAGGCAAGAUGAGUCUACAUGCUCAUAAAUAAAAGGCUCAAUGUUACUACA